AUGUGUCUAACGAGCACAUGGUGUGCAGCAACAAAGUUUAUUUCGUCCCGCCUGACACCCUCUGCAAGUCCGCCGACGCCCUCCAGCGUUGUUCCCGAUAGCAAUACAGACACCCCCGCUCGACAAGUCUCCCCCUUCCACCUGCCACCUGUUCAGGCAUACCUAGACCCAUCAUGGCCUCUUGGGACUCCCAUCUCCAUGCAUGUAUACCUCUCCACAUCUCCCACAGGCGACGUGUUCUCCAGCAAGUGGACAUCUGGCUAUAGGGCGGACCGAGACGAGGGUCUACCGAAUUUUGUCUGGGAGAAUAUCACGUUCGGCGAUUGGAAGGAGGAAAGAAAGGUUGAAUUUGAAGUCAACUUGCCAAAGGCUGUCCAAAACAAUGGAUCCAUGUGGGCCGACAUCUUCUUGGUGAAGGGGGGCAGGAGUCCUGAUCCCUCAGACUCGGCGUUCGACCCAGCAUCCGUUCAUCAUGUCAGGAAGCUGCUUACGCGGUACAUGCCAAAACUUAAGGUUAGAAAGCAAAGGAACCUACUUGCCGACAAGGAUGGAGGGCCUGAGAAAGAAGAGGAGGAAGUGAGUAUCUUAACAUGGCCGCAAGCGGACAUCAUUGUAUCACACUGGCAUCCGAACUUGACUUUGGCUCUUGUAUCCGAUGCGCCCACACUGCCGUACGGCCAACUGCCUCCUGUUCUGUCUGAGCACGUCCACCUCGUCCCGGGCUUGCGUGACGACACCGGCACGAAAGGAUUCUACAAGCCCAUCGUCUUCGCGAACGACUUUUGGCAUCUGCGCUCGCAGUACGUUGAAAUCAACAGCACGACCCCGACCCUCCCGCUGCAGGUCGUGUUUCAACCCAUGUCGUACUUCAAGUUUCAGCUGUUCGCCUCGAUGACCCAUGGGUUCAACGAGGCUGCGAAACAGCAGGGCGCAGGCGCUGGGGCGGAGUUGGACGAGGUCAAGCGAAUGCUUGUUGAGACGAACCCAUAUUUCUUGGCGCUUACGGGUAUAGUCAGCUUGUUGCAUACUGUUUUCGAGAUGUUGGCGUUCAAGAACGACGUCUCGCAUUGGCGGAAGAAGCAAGAGCUUGUGGGGGUAUCGAUCGUUGCGAACGUUGUGGUCCAACUUAUUAUCCUGUUGUAUCUCCUCGACAACAACGAGCAGACUAGCUGGAUGAUCCUGUUUGGUCAGGGCAUGGGCCUCCUAAUCGAAGCAUGGAAGAUAACCAAGGCGGUGGAUAUCAAGCUGGUCGCUGCGCCGGCAGGGUCACUGUUCCCCUACAAGAUCGAGGUUCACGAUAAACAUGUAUUGAGCGAGGAUGAGAAGAGGACGCAAGAAUACGACAAACUAGCUUACCGUUACGUGUCAUACGCAGCUAUUCCCCUUCUCGCUGCCUACACGGUCUACUCCCUACUCUACGAGUCCCACAGAGGAUGGUACAGCUUCGUCAUAUCCACCCUCACGUCAUUCGUGUAUAUGUUUGGCUUCGCGCAACUUAUUCCUCAAUUAAUCAUUAACUACAAGCUGAAGAGCGUGGCCCAUAUGCCCAUGAAGGCCAUGAUCUACAAGACCCUGUCGACGGUUGUCGAUGACUUAUUCGCAUUCUGCAUCAAGAUGCCUUUUUUGCACAGAUUGGCUUGUUUCCGCGAUGACCUAGUUUUCCUUGUCUUCCUAUAUCAGCGGUGGAUAUACCGAAUUGAUCCGAAGAGAAUCAACGAAUAUGGGCAGGUGAUGGAGGGCGAGGAUGCGGGCGAGGAGCAGCAGCUUGCGAUCGAAACGAAAAAGACAAAGUAG